AUGCUAUCUCAAGCUGAUAAGAUAGAACAAGCAACAAAUUAUAUAGUGGAAUUGAAGGAAAGAGUAGAUAACUUAAACAAGAGAAAAGGGCAAUUGGAGAUGACAGGUAUUACUCAUGAAGCUGGGACAUCUAGUAACCAGCAAAACACAACUCUAAAUGAUGCAACAAUGGCGGAUUCGGCGUUACCUAUCAUCGACGUAAAGGACUUGGGCAGUAGUUUAGAGGUGCAACUGGUGAUGGCAUUAGAGGGUAACAUCAUGCUACAUGAAGUCAUUAGGGUUCUUGAAGAAGAAGGUGCUGAAGUUGUGAAUGCUACCUUCUCAACUUCUGGGAACAAAGUCAUUCACACUCUCCAUGCUAAGGUAUUUUGGUUUAUAUUUACAUAA